UUUAAUACUCUAAAUUAAUAAAAUUCUCUUUCAAAAUUUUUUGACAAAGUGAUCUAAAUACACCCUAUGUUUUUCUUUUCGGUGCUAUACAAGGAAUUGGCCCAAAAGUAAUGGCGGCGGCUGCUGCGACCGCUGGCGACCGCCGCAGGAGGAGCCGCGCUCCAGCGGGUGGCGCCGCCGCCGGAAACGAUGAUGCCGAGGAGCAGCAUCUCAACCCCUUCCUGGACGCAGCUCCAUCCGCCUCCUCGAGGGUCCAGUUCAGCGGCGGGCGCAGGAAUGUGGCCUCACGCGCGCGGCGGGUGGAAGAGGCCGGUGCCGCAGAGGUGGUGGAGAGCAAGGGCAAGCUGUGGAUGACCACCGGCGUCACCCGGGGCGGCAAGCUGUGCUACAACAUCGAGGAGACCGGGUUCUUGGUUGAAAGGCGUGCCUUGAUUCUUCUCAAUGACAAGCAGCACGUUCGGCUUGCUGGAGAAGCAGCCGGCUGGAGCUGGUUCCGGCUGGCACCCGUUCGGCGGUGGCUGGAGCUGCUCAUUGGCUGGUGCUCCAGCCCAGCCACAGAUGCCCAAACGAACAGGGCGAAGGAUGAAACGAUAGGAAUAGAAGCCAUUUAUGAAAAGAUUGCUGGAGGAAAAUAUGGGUGUUCCUGGGAUGCCUUCCAAGCUUAUAAGCACUUGAAAUCGCUUGGUUAUAUUGUUGGACGAUUCGGUGUCCCCUGGACGAUGAAGCAUAGCGGUACUUGUGACACUACUGUUCCUCCCAGUGUGGUGCAUCCUGAUCAGAGCUUCAAUAGAGUCGAUGGCACCUGCAAUGAGAUAACCAAAUUGCUGAAGGAAAUGCACAUUGAUGAGAUAUCUCCAUCCUUUGAAGUGUAUUUGCCUAACAGCAAGUUCAAAAAGUCAUCCCCAGGAGCCCCUAGUUUCCUCUUAUAUCUGUUAAGGAAUAAGCCCCCCUCAAGGGUUGAAUUGGAAAUGGUGGAAAACAAUUUUGGGACUAUUCCUCUGAAAUAUUGCCGUGUGGAUAAUGGGCGGGUCAGCUUUCUUUCCUUCGACAAGGUUGUCCUUCCAAGCUUGCCCUGAUGGAUAGCACAUAGCAGGCACUUUGUUAGCACUCGUUGCCACCGAUCUUUGUAACUAAAUAGAAAUAGCGACAUCUUCAUCCCAUGAGAUCUUUGCAUCAGCAAUUAUUCUUGUUUGAAGCAUGGUUAGUUUUUUUCUUAGAUUACUGGCUGUCUGAUAGUACAUGAGAUAUUCCAUAUUGAAUGGAUCUUGUUGAGACUGAUUUAUAUAUUCUAUGAACUAUGUAAACCAGAAUUUUCUUGCACAGGUCAUCACAAAUAGGAUUGCUUUUGACGUGAUUAAUGAUUA